AUGGAUCCAGUGGUGGUCCUGGUGCUCUGUCUCUCCAGUUUGCUUCUCUUUUCACUCUGGAAGCAGAGGUAUGGGAAAGGGAAGCUCCCGCCCGGCCCCACUCCUCUCCCAAUUAUUGGAAAUAUCCUGCAUGUAGAUGUGAAGGACAUCAGCAGUUCCCUACGCAAUUUCUCAAAAGCUUAUGGGCCUGUGUUCACUCUGUAUUUUGGCAUGAAGCCCACAGUGGUGUUGCAUGGGUAUGAAGCAAUUAAGGAAGCCCUCGUUGAUCUGGGAGAUGAGUUUUCUGGAAGAGGUCAUUUUCCAAUAAUUGCAAGAGCUAAUAAAGAAUUUGGUAGGUGUUCACUCGUUUUUAGCAACGGACAGACAUGGAAGGAGCUCCGGCGCUUCUCCCUCAUGACCCUGCGGAAUUUCGGAAUGGGUAAGAGGAGCAUUGAGGACCGCGUUCAGGAGGAAGCCCGCUGCCUAGUGGAGGAAUUGAGAAAAACCAACGCCUCACCCUGUGAUCCCACUUUCAUCCUGGGCUGUGCUCCCUGCAAUUUGAUCUGCUCCAUUAUUUUCCAGAAUCGUUUUGAUUACACAGAUCAGAGUUUUAUUAAUAUAAUGGAAAAAUUUACUGAAAACCUCAGUAUUCUGAGCUCUCCAUGGAUGCAGGUCUGCAAUGCAUUCCCCAUACUCAUUGAUUAUUUUCCAGGGAGUCAUAACAAAAUACUUAAUAAUAUUGCUUAUACAAAGAAUUAUGUUUUGGAGAAAGUGAAAGAACACCAAGAAACCUUGGACAUUAACAAUCCUCGGGACUUUAUCGAUUGUUUCCUGAUCAGAAUGGAACAGGAGAAGCACAAUCAACAGACUCAAUUUACUACUGAAAAUUUGUUAGCCACGGUAGGUGAUCUGUUUGCAGCUGGGACAGAGACAACAAGCACCACCCUGAGGUACGGACUCCUGCUUCUGCUAAAGCACCCGGAGGUCACAGCUAAAGUCCAGGAAGAGAUUGACCAUGUGAUUGGCCGACACCGGAGCCCCUGCUUGCAGGACAAGGGAAGCAUGCCCUACAUGGAUGCUGUGGUGCACGAGAUCCAGAGAUACAUUGACCUCAUCCCCAUUACCAUGCCCCAUGCAGUGACCUGUGACAUUAAAUUCAGGAACUACCUCAUCCCUGAGGGCACGAACAUAUUAAUAUCAUUGUCUUCUGUGCUGCACGACAACAAAGAAUUCCCCAACCCAGAGAUGUUUGACCCUGGUCACUUUCUGGAUGAGAGUGGCAACUUUAAGAAGAGUGACUACUUCAUGGCUUUCUCAACAGGAAGACGAAAUUGUGUGGGAGAAAGCUUGGCCCGCAUGGAGCUGUUUUUAUUCCUGACCGCCAUUUUACAGAAAUUUACCUUGAAGUCUCUGGUUGACCCAAAACACAUUGACACUACCCCAGUGGCCAAUGGGCUUACCUCUGUGCCGCCCUCAUAUCAGCUCUGCUUCAUUCCUGCCUAAAGAAGCCAGACUAUCUGACUGCUCUUGUCCUGUACUUGCAAAUCCCCUCCAAUGGGCCAUCAUUAACUUCUUCCUGGUAGUUUUCCUGAACUCUCCUCUCCAUAUCCCCUAUUCCUUCAAGAUCCACUUAAAAUCCACUCUAUUAUGGGGAGCUUUUGUGUUU